AUGAGCCACAACCUUGCUAGCCCUAAUCUUCCGGCUCAUGUGGCAGUUUUAAACUUUCCAUUCGCCUCCCAUCCCAGCUCUCUUCUCGGAUUCAUACGCACCGUUUCGGCCGUGUCCCCGGGAAUAAAGUUCACCUUCUUCAGCACAUCUAAAACAAACAGCUCCCUCUUCUCCGGUUCCGACGUAAAGGGCUUGGAUAACAUAAAGCCUUACAAUGUAUGGGACGGCUUGCCGGAGGGCUACGUGCCCCGCCCGGGACCUCCACUGAAGCAAAUAGAGAUGUUCCUUGAGAAGGCACCCCAAUGCUUCGAGAGGGCACUCAAAGAAGUGGAGGCUGAAACUGGACACAAGUUCGGCUGCUUAAUUUCCGAUGCAUUCCUCUGGUUUUCCGGCGACAUCGCCGAGAAAAUGAACGUGCCGUGGGUGACUACGUGGAGUGGACCGCGACCGCUGCUUGUUCAUCUGGAGACUGAUAUGAUCAGAGAAAAAGUUGGAGCUCCUGGUCAAGAAGACAUGACCCUGGACUUCCUUCCAGGAUUCUCAAAUGAGUUCCGUGCCUCUGAUUUACAAAAGGAAGUUGUAUUUGGAAACAUGGAGUCGCCAUUUCCGAAUAUGUUGCAUAAAAUGGGUCAGAAGCUGCCACAAGCAACUGCAGUUGCUGUCAACUCUUUUGAAACAAUGGACUUGAAAGUUGCUGCGGAGCUGAAGAAAAGACUGAAGAAGUUGCUCCUUGUUGGACCGCUACAUCAAGUCCGGCCGGUGCCGUCAGCAAAAUCAGAUGAUGAUGAGGAGGAGGAGAAGAAGGAUGCAUGCUUGCCGUGGCUGGACAACCACAAGCCUGCAUCGGUUGCAUACAUCAGCUUUGGAAGUGUAGGAGCACUUCCCCACACCGAGGUAGUAGCUUUAGCCGAGGCAUUAGUGGAAGGGGGAUUCCCAUUUCUUUGGUCAUUUAGAGGAAACCUAGAGGACUUUCCCAAAGGUUUUAUUGAAAGAACAGGUAUUGGAAAAGUUGUUCCCUGGGUGAACCAAGUGCAAAUCCUAAAUCAUCCAUCUAUAGGAGUGUUUGUUACACAUGGUGGUUGGAAAUCAGUUUUGGAGAGUGUAACUUAUGGUGUGCCUAUGAUAGGGAGGCCUCAUUUUGCUGAUCAGUUUCUGAAUAUGCGAAGCGUAGAAGUUGUAUGGAAGAUUGGCAUGAAGAUUGAGGGAGGCGUUUUCACUAAAACUAGAGCAAUCAAGGCACUGGAACAAGCUCUAUCUCUUGAGCAUGGAAAAGAAAUGAGACACAGAGUUGGAGUCCUUAAACAGCUUGCUCAAGAGGCUGUCAGAUCCGAUGGGAGUUCCGCUCAAGACUUGAGAUCUCUGGUAGAGAUCAUCAAAGCAGCUUGA